AAUUUGAGUCAACAAUCUUUGGUGGACUUGUAGUUGGCGUGUGUUCGUUUGGCACGAAGUUUGUAUAUCAAUGAUUUUAUACGACAUAGCGCUCGAAAUAUGAAAUAAUGAGAUUGUAAGUUACGUGACAUAAAAGUUGUGUAAUGGGAGGCGUGUGUAGAGCUCGUAAUUGCUUUCGCACUAAAGAUAAGUGUCCUGAUCUACCGUUCUUCACUUUUCCUAAAAACCCUAUCAGUGCCAAGAAAUGGAUUACAAACAUUGGUGACCCAGAACUGUUGAAGCGGCCACCUAGCGCCUUGAAGAACAAUGUUGUUUGUGCCCUUCAUUUCGAAGAAAAGUGUUUUGUGAACAAAAAGAAACGCUCACUUGUGAGGAACGCUGUCCCUACUAUAUUCAACAUUCCUCCAUUUAGAACUCAAGAAAUCCGUAAGAAUGAUAUACAUUCGAAAUCGGAAAGAACAGACGUUCCUGAGUGUAAUAGUGGAGCUCUUUUUUCAUGCAAUGUUGAAUCAUUUGAUAACUGGCAUCGUCAGAUUGAUGCCGUAACAGAGCAGCUGCUGUGUCUACUACCCGAAAAUAGCAGCCAUACUUCGCAGCUAGAAACGCAAACAGAAAAAAGGUGUAUCGACGCAUUUACGCAGUAUGAGGAUGAAAGUGAAACUCGCGAUUUUGAAAACAGAUUAAACGAUCUGAAUAAAGAUACCAAUGUUGAAUCGAGUGAUGCAGUUCCGAGAGUGCAGUUGCUGUGCCGUUUGUGUUCAAAGCUUACUCAUCGUGAAAGAGUGAUGCCAAUUUUUAGUUAUGAAGCGGAAAAAAUACAUCUAGAUGUUAUGAUUAAUAGCAUUAUGCCAACGAAAGUAGUGCAGGACGACGGUCUGCCACAGCAGGUUUGCAAGUUGUGUGUACGAAAAUUGACAUUUUGUCACGAUGUAAGAAAAGAGUUUUUAGCCUCAGACAAAAGAUUACGCGAUCUUUUGGGCAUUGCAGCUCCCAAGGAUUCGGCUGAAGUAGGCCUACCUUCUACCAAAGAAAACGUCAUGGAACGAUCAACUGUUCUGGAAAGCACAUCUGCCAAAGUCAUCACACCUCCAGCCGAAGAUAUAAUAAAAGUACAACGGAAAGAAAAAGAGCCACCAUCAAUAGCACUGCAGACCGAGGAAACCACAAUAAUACAGUCUGAAACUGUGAAAAGGGGUCCCAGGAAAAGAAAGAGAGUUAUGACUGCAGUUAAAACUAAGAGUACUAGGAAAAAGGAUGAUAAAAUCCCAAAAUUAACAAAAUCCCGUUCUCAGGGGAAAAAAACCACAGCUGAAGAUACACCAAAAUUAAUAAAGUCAACUCCUCAGCGAAAAAAGACCAUAGCUGAAGAUGUAUCAAAAUUAGUAAAGUCAGUACAUGGAAAAAAAGUUGCAGCUGAAGAAAGUCCAAAUUUAAUAAAGCCAGCCCCUCUUGGAACAAAAGCCACAGUUGAGGAAAGUUCAAAACUAAUCAAGUCAGCUCCUCAUGGGAAAAAAGCUGCAAUUGAAGAAAGCCCAAAAUUAAGUAAGUCAGGUUCACACACAAAAAAAUCUGCAGUUGAAGAAAGCCCAAAAUUAAUAAAGCCAGCUCCUCAUGGAAAAAAAGCUGCAGUUGAAGAAAGCCCAAAAUUAAUAAAGUCAGCACCUUAUGGAAGAAAAGCUGCAGUUGAAGAAAGCCCAAAAUUAGUAAAGUCAGCUCCUCAUGGAAAAGAAGCCACAGCUGAAGAAACCCCUAAAUCAAUAAAGGCUGGACCUCGUGGGAAAAAGCCCACAGGUGAAGAAAUCUCAAAAUUAGUAGAGACCGGUCCUCAUAUAACAAAAGCUACAGUUGAAGAAAUCUCAAAAUUGGUGAAGACUGACCCCCAUGAAAGAACGAUCACAGUUGAAGAAAUCCCAAAAUUAGUACAAUCUGAUCCUCUUGGGAUAAUGGCUACAGUUGGAGAAAUACCAAAUUUAGUAAAGAUUGGUCCUCACGAAAAGAAGAGCACAGCUGAAGAGAGUGAUUUUGAAAACGAUAGCAACUAUGAAAUCCAUUGGUACGAUGAAGCGUAUGACGAUAGUAUCUCAGAAGAUAUGGGCCUUAAUGAUAGUAUUCUGAAUAACAAAAAAAUGUUAGUGAAAAACGCAAAGAAACAGCUUACAUGUGAGGCUACAAAGUUGGUGACAGAGCCUGUUGCAGACGAAGAAAUGAAAAAUAUUAAAGAGAAUAAUAUAACAACAUUAAACCACAAAAAGUUGAAUGAAAGUAAAUUGGAUGAUACCAUGGUGAAGGAUAUUCACAUGAGUGACACUAAAGCGAAUGACACUAAAGGGAAUGAGAGUAAAGGAAAUGACAGUAAAGUGAAUGAGAGCAAAGUUGAUGAGAGUAAUGUAAAUAAGAGCAAAGUGGACACUGGUAUGACUGUUCCAAUAACAAACAGCUGUUCCUCUUCUAAAGAAAGUGUUCCUAGCAGUGGCUCUGUUAGACAAAAAAUUGGAUCUGGUAGUGUUAAAGUGCGACUGAUGACAGAGAGACAAAAACUGUUAAAGCUGAAAAUGAAAACUCAGAAUAAACUCUUAAAACAAGGUAGCAAAAAGAAAGUGUUACCUGCAAAAAAUUCAUGUUCAGAAUGUAAUAAAAGCUUCUCAUCUAAACUAAAGCUAGAGCGCCACAUACUUAUGCAUAGUAAAUAUGAGUGUGCUGUGUGCAGCACCAUAUUUAACACUGGUGAAGAAUUGUCAAAUCACAGUAGAGAGAAUUGUCUUUCAAAGUUGAAGGCUGUCACGGAUGCGGCAGCCACAGGUCAUGAAUGUGAAAUUUGCAGACGCACAUUUAAGACUCGCCAGCGCUUAUUGCUUCAUUCAAAAACACAUUCAACAAUCAUAACGCAUUCAACAACCAUACCUUAUACAUGCAAGGUCUGCCCAAAAGCAUUCCCAACAAGAAUUCGACUGAAACAACAUCUCAAGAUUCAUAAACCAGAAAAGUCUAAAAAUAAUAAAGCUUUAUUUAGACAGCGUGAUCAACAUACUGAAAGUGCUCUAACUCUAAAGUGUGAGAUAUGUAGUACGUUUUUCACCAGUGUGAAAGAAUAUGAGAAACAUAGAGAAGAGCAUGCUUCCAGUAGUUCGACCAUUCAUAUGAACAGUACAUCAAAAGCUGCAAUAACUUCAGAUGCAAGCAAUGCAGAUAAGCUUGGAAGUAGUUCAGUUGGCUCUAUUGAUACAAGUUCUGUAGUGGCUGAUGUACAUGGUGUUGAAUUGACCAAAACUGUUAAAGAAGAUGGUAUUAUGAAAGUUAAAGUACCUCAUUUGGAAAAGAAUCUAAUAAUCACUUCUGCUGAUCAGUUUGUGUGUGAUAUAUGUGACUGUAAGUUUUCCUCAAAACACUUCCAAGAGGAACAUAAAAAAGUACACCAUUCAUUGCCUAAACAGAGCAGUGUUCCUGUGGCUACGUCUCCAGUGGAGUCUUCUGUAGAACUACUUCAGACUCCAGAACGAGGCAAAUUGUACUUUUGUGACCAGUGUGGUGAAGGAUAUGAACGUAAGAGGUCAUUGGCACUACACAGGUUUUCACACACAUCCAGUCAUCGUUGUCCCCAUUGCCAUCAGUCAUUUUCUUCAGAGGAUUCUCUGACACGUCAUCUUGAAAACUGUGUAGAAGUGAAAGAAGAAACAACUGUGGGAAAUAAUCAACUGUAAUACAUCUCAAAUUGUACUUGUUCAAAAAAUGAUUGAGGUAAGAACAGUCAGUAAUGUGGGGAUUAUCACAUGCACAUCCCUUCAACAUUGCUUUAAUGCCUGGUAUCCUGUUUCUGUAUGAUUUAUUUCCAUAAUCUUUAAAGUUGUGCUGAAAUAAAUGAACCAAACAAGACCAGCCUAUGGAAUUUUUUGUGAGAAAAAGUUUCAAGAAUGUUUGUAUUUAAUUUCAUUUGUUGAUUUUGAUGACAUAGCAUAUAUGAAUAGGUUAUGUAAUUUUAAAUAAAACAAAAUUUUAACAAAUAAUAAUAUUUUAAUUAUUAUAGAGCUUCUGUAACAGUCAAUGUUGUAAAGCAAAAAUGACCUGCAAUGACAUUGGUUUUCUUAAGCUUGGUUCAAAUUAGUACAUGUAGUUAAAAACUACACAUAGAGGCUGGAAUGCCUGUUUUAUUGAAAUGUGAUGUACAUUUUACAAAUAUAUGUCCACAGUCCAUUUACUGAAAGUUUACUGCUCUCAUAAUGCUGCCUGUUCACAAAAAAGAAUGCAAAUUAAAGUUGUGUUUAUUACCAACUAACUAGCAAAGUAUAUGAUGGGAGAAUAAUUAUAUA